AUGGUGAAAAGAGAGAUGAUAAUCUCUAAAGAGAGGAAUAAAGGAGCAAGGGACUACUGUGACUUCCAUGCUGAAGAGGGGCACGAGAUCCAGGAAUGCGACGAGUUUAAGGCCUUGGUACAAAGCCUUAUGGACAAGAAAGAGCUAGAAUUAUAUGAAGUUGGCUCAAAUGAGGGACAUAUAUGCACAUUAGAAGGUGCACUGAAGAAUCAAAAUCGGCCAAGGAUUAUUAUUUCUUUACCAGGAAGUAAUGAAGUUGAAACACUAACAGUACCGAAAGUCAUUAUUCAUAAACCUGUUUCCUUUCCUUAUAAGGAUAACAAGAGGGUACCCUGGAAUUAUAACUGCCAUGUGUCAAUGCUGGAGAAGGAGGAUAUAGCUAUUGCUUCUAAGGAAGCUCAAGGUGAGGGUUCUUACACACGUAGUGGGAAGCGCUACGAUGUAGAAGACGUCAAAGUUGAGCCUACAAAAGCAAAAGCUUUAGACAAAGGAAAAGGGAUUGAGACACUGGUUAAUGAGCCAGUGAAGGAAGAAGAAGCCAGAGAAUUUUUAAAAUUCUUAAAACACAGUGAGUACAGCGUGGUUGAACAAUUGCGCAAACAACCAACUCGUAUAUCAGUGUUGGCUUUGCUUUUAAGUUCAGAGGCACAUUGGAAAGCAUUAAUGAAGUUGGAUCGAUUGGUUAGUAACAUAAGUGCUAACAAUUUCAUCUAUUUCAAUGAUGAUGAAAUCCCACCUGGUCGCAUGGGAUCAGCUAAAGCUUUACACAUCACCACUCAUUGUAAGGGGUAUACACUGCCAAGUGUGCUUAUUGAUAAUGGAUCAGCUUUAAAUGUCUUACCAUUAUCGACAUUGAACAGAUUGCCCGUAGAUAGUUCUCACAUGAAAACAUGCCAUAAUAUAGUGAGAGCCUUUGAUGGCACGGAAAGGAAGGUCAUGGGAAGAAUCGACAUUCCUUUGAUGAUUGGGCCAAACACGUAUGAGGUGGACUUUUUAGUGAUGGACAUCAAUCCCUCUUACAAUUACUUGUUGGGGAGGCCUUGGAUACAUUCGGCAGGAGCGGUGCCCUCAUCUCUGCACCAAAAAUUAAAGUUAGUAGCUGAUGGACAGUUGGUCACUAUAAAUGCGGAGGAGGACAUUAUAUCGACAGUUACCAGUAGUGUACCCUAUGUAGAAGCAAACGAGGAGGCAAUUGAAUGCUCUUUCCGUUCAUUAGAAUUCGUCAACGCAACAUUCAUUUCAGAAGGGAGUGAGCUACCAGUGCCAAAGAUAGUAAGAGCCACGAGGAUGGCUCUACAAAUGAUGGUGGGAAAGGGAGCCUUACCAGGAAUAGGGUUAGGAAAAUACCUGCAAUGA